UGAGAGAGCGGCCAAGAGAGACAACAGAUCUGAAUGGAAGCAGGGUCCUGUUUAGGAGAGCUCACAGCCUGAAGAGGGAGAUGUGGCAAAAGGGUCUUCUUCCCCAAGAACUGAUAUUAAAACUUUUUUCUGGCUCUUUCUUUUAUUCUAUAACUUUUUCCCCUCCUUUUUUUAUUGUUGUUGCUACUGUUUCUUAUUUUGUACACUCGGGUACAUUUGGGCGGCAUAAAGAACGAAGGCUGGAUACGAACAGAGAAAGAUGGGCAGGGCCCCUCAACGUUUUUCUUAGGAUGUGAAAAUUGCUUAAUACCGAAGAUGCUGGGCUCUGGAAGACGACAUGGAUUAGACUCCUUGUCUUGUGAUCACUGGCUUGAAACAUGACUGGGUAGCCUCGGAGAAGAAACAGGCCUCCAAUCAAGCAGUGGUAGUGAUGACCCAGCAACUGAUUUUUUUCUCAUGUUUUCUCCCCCACUUUUUCGUUUCUCUAUUUUCUUGCCUCCCUACCCUACAAGUAAGUGGUGCAAAAGAUAAUAAAGAGAAGUAGUAAGUGGCCACUUUCUAGAAGUGUCUGAGCAGAUUCUUAAUGACCACUGGGGGAGGGAAAUGUCAAGGAGAAUUCUAGGCUUGUUCGAAAGAUUAGACAUGCUUUUUAAGGUGUGGGAGAUUCUUUGGGGCAAAGGGUAUUUAUAAAUACAAAAUUCGACAUCUCUGAUUCAUCAUGAAGGCUAGAAUAGAUGAAGCUUAAAAACAAGCUUCUAGGAAAAUAACGGGAGUUUUCAGGUGAGGAAAUUUUUUGUUUUCUGGUUUGAGGGAAUUAUUUUUCCCUCACCCCCUUAUCCUUCAGCACUUGAGCUAGGGAAUUAUUUCUUCAGCAAUUGUUUGAAUCAUUCUAGGUAUGAUUCAGUGGUCAGGCGAGGCCUAUGGACAUAAGAGUGCUAGCUCCUGCUCUCAGAACCACUGCCACUUGAUAGGAAAGCCAUUGAAUCUCUGUUCCUGUUUCCCUCCAGGAAGAAGUAUUCCCAUUUGUCACUACAGAUGGGUGUGGCUGGGCUCAGACCAGGUGUCCUGGGAAAGCCCUAUGCUACCUGGGCUGUCUUGGAGGGGGUUUGAGGCAGGGAGGAAAUUGAGACAUUCCUUGCUGCUCUCUGGCCACCUCGGAGCCCCCAGCCCACCUUUAUCAGCCUGGCUUUUCUCACACCCAUAUCUGAGUCAGGGCUUUGGAGCUCCAUGGCAUUUACGUUGGGGACUGAUUCCUUCCCUGGGCUACAGCCUGCAGCUUUCUAGGUCUUCCUUGCCCUCUUUCCCACUUUUUCUCAGUCCCAGUGGAGGCCCCAGCUCAGAAGCCAGUGGCCCAUGAAGACAGUGUGCUACUUAUGAAUAUUUAUGCCUUCAGAAUCAGGAACAGUGCCAUGCCACCCCACACACACACUUGGGGCUCUGAAAUCACUGGCAUGGGAAAGCGGUCAUUGUGUACCCUCUUGAUGAUGUGGAUAGCUGGCUACCUGGGCAGCACCUGGCUAAUCAAGCAAACAAAGUUCCAGCUUGAUCUUCUCUCUUGCUCACGUGGUCUCUGGUCUUGGAUCUAACCCUGUCACCAUCCUUUCCUUGUAGCUGUAUGUAAUUGCCCUGCUUUUGGCUUUGCUAAUUUUUUCUUGGCUAAUGAAACCUUUGCCCUUCUUACCUUUUCUCCAUCACAUACAGCACAACAGCUCCGGCUGGCAGCAUCACCUCCCACCAAUUUAUCCAACUUCUGCUGAGGCUCUGAAAUGCCAACGAUGUCGAGACCUGCACUUGAUGUCAAGGGUGGCACCUCACCUGUGAAGGAGGAUGCCAACCAAGAGAUGAGCUCUCUAGCCUACUCUAACCUGGGGGUGAAAGAUCGCAAAGCAGUAGCCACUCUGCACUACCCCGGGGUAGCCUCAAAUGGAACCAAGGCCAGUGGGGUUCCCACUAGUUCCUCUGGAUCUCCAACUCCAAUAGGCUCUCCUACCACCACCCCUCCCACUAAAUCCCCACCCUUCAACCUGCACCCUGCCCCUCACCUGCUGGCCAGUAUGCAGCUGCAGAAACUUAAUAGCCAGUAUCAUGGGAUGGCUGCAGCCACUCCGGGCCAACCAGGGGAGGCAGGGCCCCUGCAAAACUGGGGUUUUGGGGCUCAGGCGGGAGGGACGGGGUCACUCUCUCCUCCUGCUGGUGCCCAGAGCCCUGCUAUCAUCGAUUCGGACCCAGUGGAUGAGGAGGUGCUGAUGUCACUGGUGGUGGAACUGGGACUGGACCGGGCUAAUGAGCUUCCAGAGCUGUGGCUGGGGCAGAAUGAAUUUGACUUCACUGCAGACUUUCCAUCUGGCUGCUGAUGCCAACUGUCCCUAAACAUGAAGGAAUAAAGCCACCAAUUCUGUUGUAAAUAAAAAUAAAAGUUACUUACAAAGA